GAGGAGGGCCGAGGCUGGGCUAGGACUGAGGAAGGACCCACACCCGUCGGGCGAGCGCCGGGGUCAGGGGUGUGUCUUCCUGCUCCUCGUGGAGCAGGGGAAAAAGAGCAUGCCUGUUUGGCAUGAUAAGAAUUUUGUUUAUACUUUAACCAAAAUUGCCUGGGAAACGAUCAGCCUGGGGAGCCCCCAGUUUGAAAAUAGAUUGUCCUUGCCCUUCCCCACCCGUUGCCAUUAUGAAAGCGAUUCAUUCUUCUGUCCUUGUAAAAAACACUCGCCACUGUAUACAAAGUGUCAGGAGGGAAAAUGACCACGGCGACUCGGUGACAACCGCUCCUAACAUUUUGGUGACAUCAGCUUAAAGUUCUAAGAAUGUAUUUGUAAAAGACUACUUGCGAGCUUGAUUCGGUGUGCGUUUGGAGGUUUUUAUGUGCCUUGAAAAUACUUGAGGCUGAAGUAGGAGGGCAGUGAUGGACUGAGAAAAGGGAAAGAGCCAUGACCUCCUUUUCUUCUGGACACACCAGGUGGCACAUUUAGUUCGUUGACUGGAUUUUUGGGAAUUGGAGCCACAACUGCAGGAAGGAAAUGACUUAGAGGCCUUAUGAAUACAUCUGUGCUUUCUUGCUUCAGACUUUACAACUGCAGGCCAACCCAGUCUGGAAGCACUUUUUAUUAAUGUUACAAGGAAACCGCUACCUCAGCAAACAAAAGAAAGGAGAAGACACACAAUAACAAAUGCCAUGUUUAAAGAAAACUUGUUCCCAGAAACCUUUACAGGAGAUUUGGAAGUUUUUAGCACUGAGAAGCAGCUUUCCAGGUAAAUGGAUUUGACAGGCAGGCUCUGUCAGAAUUCUGCAGAGGUGUGUUCUUCCUUCAGGACUUCUUGUGAAGUAACCCCUUCCGCCUAAAUGCUGUUGACCAGCUGGGGUCCUUUUUGGUAUAUAGAAGAUACAUUAUAUUACAUUUUAAAAGUUAAGUUAUUUUUCUGCCAUUGUAAAUGUAAGUAUCAAAAUAUUCUUGCAAAGCAAUUAUAAGCAAACACUUUCCUCAGCAAGCAUAUCUUCAUUGAGGGUAGGAUGCUGAACAGUUACAGAGCAUUUCGGACACUGUUAUUUUUUUGUUAGAGUUCCUGCCUACACUGAAAAUAUUAAUUAUAUAAAUCUGUUAUUUUUCUCACCUUUAUGUUGGAUCACAUGGUCACCUGCCUCAUGGAAAUGCCUUUUUUAAAACUUAGAUUUGCAGAACUCCACUAUUUUUAUACCUAGCUACAGUUUUGGAAAAAAAAAAAGGACUCAGAACCCUGACCUGCCAGUGGUCCCCGGGACAGUUCCCCACCCGUAUGUAUUGCUGCAGUGCCCAGGACAAUAAGAUGGACUACAAGCGGCGCUUCCUGCUUGGCGGGUCCAAGCAGAAGGUGCAGCAGCACCAGCAGUACCCGAUGCCUGAGCUGGGCCGAGCACUGAGCGCUCCCCUGGCAUCCACCGCCCCCUCUGCCCCGCUGGGCAGUCUGACCGCUGCAGGCAGCUGCCACCAUGCCAUGCCCCACUCUACUCCCAUUGCUGACAUCCAGCAGGGCAUCUCUAAGUACCUGGAUGCCCUCAAUGUCUUUUGCCGUGCUAGUACGUUCCUCACAGAUCUCUUCAGCACCGUGUUCAGGAACUCACACUACUCAAAGGCCGCCAUGCAGCUCAAAGAUGUGCAGGAACAUGUAAUGGAAGCAGCCAGCAGAUUGACCUCAGCCAUAAAGCCCGAGAUUGCCAAGAUGCUCAUGGAACUCAGUGCUGGGGCUGCAAACUUCACAGAUCAGAAGGAAUUCAGUCUCCAGGACAUUGAGGUGUUGGGGCGAUGUUUCUUGACAGUGGUGCAAGUCCAUUUCCAGUUUUUGACCCACGCCUUGCAGAAAGUCCAGCCGGUGGCUCACUCUUGCUUUGCUGAGGUAGUUGUGCCAGAAAAAAAGAACAGCAGUCUGUCUGGCAUGGGCCACACACCUGAACUGGAGGAAGCUGUGCGAUCCUGGCGAGGGGCAGCUGAGGCGACAUCUAGAUUGAGAGAGAGAGGCUGUGAUGGAUGCCUGGCAGGAAUCGAAGUCCAACAACUCUUUUGUUCUCAAAGUGCAGCAAUUCCUGAGCACCAGCUAAAAGAGCUAAACAUAAAAAUCGACAGUGCUUUGCAGGCUUAUAAAAUAGCUUUGGAAAGCUUAGGCCACUGUGAAUAUGCAAUGAAAGCUGGCUUCCAUCUAAACCCAAAGGCCAUUGAAGCAAGUUUGCAGGGCUGCUGCAGUGAGGCGGAAGCUCAGCAGACAGGGCGAAGGCAGACACCCCCACAGCCCAUGCAGUGUGAGCUCCCCACGGUUCCUGUGCAGAUAGGAUCGCACUUCCUGAAGGGGGUCUCCUUUAAUGAGUCGGCUGCCGACAAUCUGAAGCUUAAGACGCAUACCAUGUUACAGCUCAUCAAGGAAGCAGGCUGCUACAAUGGAAUCACACCUAGGGAUGAUCUUCCUGUGACUGAAGUCCUGAAUCAGGUGUGCCCGUCCAUGUGGCGGGGUGCCUGUAAGACUGCUGUGCAGCUGCUGUUCGGCCAGGCAGGGCUGGUGGUUGUUGACACAGCACAGAUUGAAAAUAAAGAAGCCUAUGCACCCCAGAUCAGUCUUGAAGGUUCCAGAAUUGUGGUUCAAGUCCCAUCCACAUGGUGCUUAAAGGAAGAUCCUGCUACCAUGUCCCUGCUGCAGAGGAGCCUGGAUCCCGAGAAGACCCUAGGUCUGGUGGAUGUGCUUUACACAGCCGUGCUAGACCUAAACCGCUGGAGAACAGGGAGGGAACAAGCUUUACCCUGUAUACAGAUCCAGCUGCAAAGGGAUAUCUGCGAUUUUGGGAAUCAGGCUGACCUGCCUUCUGGAAAUGGAAGCAAAUCCUCGGGACUGCAGAAGACUUUCUCCAAACUGACAUCCCGGUUCACAAAGAAAGUGUCAUGCACCAACUCUGGCAGCACACACUAUUCCAAAAACAUCUUCACAGCUGGGUGUUCAGAGGAAAGGGCCAAAAUGAUGGGCAAUAAUAUUGAUACACGGUUACAGAGCAUUUUGAACAUUGGUAACUUCCCUAGGACUACAGACCCUUCACAGUCGUCUCAGAAUUCCAGUAAUCCAAUGGUCAAUGGCUUUCUCCUGGAGAGACGUGAGAACUUCCUGCAUGGGGAUGAUGGCAAGGAUGAGAAGGGCAUGAACUUACCCACUGAUCAGGAAAUGCAGGAAGUGAUAGAUUUUCUCUCAGGCUUUAACAUGGGCCAGUCCCAUCAGGGGUCCCCACUGGUGACAAGGCGUAACUCUACUGCCACUGCCAUGGUGACUGAACAGAAGACAGGAACCAUGCAACCACAGCAGCCAUCACUGCCAUUGGCUCCUCCACUACGGCCACCCCAGGCUGGAGCACACACGCCUCUGGCAGCCCAGCAAGGUCUGGCUCCUCAGCAGCAGUCUCCAAAGCAGCAGCAGCCCCAAGUCCAGUACUACCAGCACCUGCUGCAACCCAUUGGAUCACAGCAGACUCCACCUCAGCCUCGGGCGCCUGCGAAAUGGGUACAUGGCUCAUCUCAGCACCCAUCACAGCCCAUGGCAGCGGGUCUGUCUCCUCUUGGUCAGUGGCCUGGCAUAUCUGAUCUCAGCUCUGACUUGUACAGCUUGGGUCUAGUGAGCAGCUAUAUGGACAAUAUGAUGUCAGAAGUUUUGGGACAGAAGCCCCAGGGACCUAGAAAUAACACCUGGCCAAACCGUGACCAAAGUGAUGGAGUCUUUGGAAUGCUGGGAGAGAUUUUGCCUUUUGAUCCUGCAGUGGGCUCAGACCCAGAAUUCGCACGCUAUGUGGCAGGAGUGAGCCAGGCAAUGCAGCAGAAGCGGCAAGCUCAACAUGGCCGCCGGCCAGGCAACCCCCGUGGCAACUGGCCGCCCAUGGAAGACGCUCAUCGGACCUGGCCUUUGCCAGAGUUCUUCACAGAAGGGGACAGCUUGCACAGCGGCUGGUCAGGAGCUCAGGGAGACUCGGCCAGUUCCAGUGAUGAGACCUCUUCAGCCAAUGGGGACAGUCUGUUCUCCAUGUUUUCAGGGCCUGACCUUGUUGCUGCUGUUAAACAGAGAAGGAAACACAGCAGUGGAGAGCAGGAGACCAGCACACUGCCCUCACCACCUCUCCUGACCACAGUGGAGGACGUGAACCAGGAUAACAAAACCAAAACGUGGCCACCCAAAGCACCAUGGCAGCACCCUUCCCCGAUGCCCAGCACGCUGCCCAGCCCAGCUGCACCACUCUAUGCAGUCGCCAGUCCUGGCAGCCAGUGGAACGACACCGUGCAGAUGCUGCAGUCCCCUGUGUGGGCUGCAGCCAAUGACUGCAAUACCACCUCCUUCACCUAUGUUCAGACACCACCACAGCCCCCACCUCCACCAGCACAUAAGGCAGCACCCAAGGGCUUCAAGGCCUUCCCUGGGAAGGCUGAACGUAGGCCAGCCUAUUUGCCCCAGUACUGACUACAGCUAGCCUGCUGCCCAUCAAAGCUGUUGGGGCAACUGUCCCCAAGGCUAACUAGCUGAUACUAGCCCCCAGAAGGACCAGUACACCCUGUCCCAGGGACAGAAAUAUUCCUUGGGUCUGAGGUGAUUGGCAGCUCCAAGUCUUUAAAGCCUGGUUUCUCAAACUUUGAAGGUAGCAGACCCCUGAGAGCCAGCUGAAGAUGGAGAUUUCUGACACUCAGGGGAUGCUGGCAAUCUGCAUGCUUAAUAAGCACCUCAGGUAAUCCUGGUGCAGGUGGCCAGAGGCCACACUUGGGAAAACACAGUCUGAAGGUAGUCCUGCAUGUGGGAAAGGCAUGAGGCCUGCAGGCUGAGAACAAAACUGACCAUUCUUUGAAACUCUUCUCUUUAACACACUGAGUGGGACCCACACCCAUCACUAAUUUUAUAGAUAUUUUUCAUGUAGGCUUUCGGUUAAAACGUCUCCUGCCUAAAAUGCAGUGGCUAUCUUAAGAUCCAGGUACACUGGCUGAAGGUUAGUUAGCUCAGCACUGUCUUCAUUUAAGCUUAUAUAAGAUGCUAGUGAUCAGAAGCAACCACCUGGCUUCCCAUGGGUCAGUAGCUCCUCUGAAGCACCCAGGGGUGCAGGCUCAUGUAAUGUACAAGAGCGGGAUUGGGCAACUGCUGUCAGGCAUAUUCUGGCCUCCCAGGGGGUGCAGCUGGUGCAUGCUGAGUGCACCUGCUGCCCUCACUUCCUUCCACCAUGACCAGGGCAGCACCAGCACCACGCUCCUCUACGGAAGGAACUGUGGAGGGGAGGGGUUGCACCAAGACCCCCACACUCAGAACCACAGUGACAUUGUGAGCUGACUCAGAGACAAAGGAAUUAUGAUGUAGACAGGAAUUCAAAAUCUUUGUUUAGUCACCAACAACACCUCACUUUUAGUUAAUGUGUGCCAUUAAACAGAUGACACUCCAUGGAUUUGGGGAUAUUUUCCAGCUAGAAUGGAUCCAGAAUUGAAUGGUGCUUAAAUUGAGAAAUAAUAAAUAUAUCUAUAUAGAGUAGACAUUUCCCACUAUAUAUUAAUUGAGGUUGCAGAAGGUUCUUUAUAUAAAACUUAUUUAAAAUUUUCAUAUUUCAUCUUUGAAAAUGUCUAAUUGAGAAAAAUCCAUGAUAUUUUCUGGUAUGAAAGUUUGACAGUAUUAAUUUUUUUAUAUUUUCUUAAAUCAUUAAACCAUUUUAAUAUAUGUUAACUACUAAUAAAUGGUUUAUUCUUUCUAACUCCAUGUAAGCUUUUCCAAUGAAGAUUGUAAUAACACAUUUUUGUUCUCAUUUUUCUACAGAUAAAUUUAUAUUUAAAAAUACCAAAAAAAAAAAUCCCUAUGUAUACACACCACACACAUACACACACACAGACACACAUUCACUUAUAAGAAAAUUAUAGAGGACCUGUAGGGUGAGCCCAGCCACCUGCGUUUUUAGUACUGUGUCUCCAGGCUGCCUGAGGCCUCAGCUGUUGUCAUUCGUGCUGUGUGGGGGUGACAUUUCUGCCUGUAGUGAAGAUCCUUCUCAGUGGGUUCGGAAUAUUCACCUCACCAUGUUUACAGAGAACUAUUUUGUACAUAGAGUUUUCCAGGCACGUACUUUGCACCAGCCCUGCGUGGCUGUUGUCUGUGUUAGCUGUCACAGUGUGCACACUAAUCUGUUCAGAGUUCCUUGUGGCUGUUUGACUUGUAAAAACUGUGUAUUUCCUUCAGUAAUGUGUCCACAGUGCUGUGUUUCCAGUUCUAGUCUUCUGCAGUACUCUCAUUUUCAUAGUGCCUCCCUGAAGACCUCACCUUGGGCCAAGGUCACUCCUCGGUGCCACAGCACAGGUGACACUGCUAAUUGUCAUCUCUGGUCUGUCUUUCUCUAUUAAGGAAGAUAUUUGUCUCCACGGCUGUGUGACCGUGUGAAUCAGCUUGUGUAGUCUCCACAUGGGUGCUGUUCGAAGCACCACCUUGCUCUAAACACUGGUGAUUCCAGGUGCUGCGCUUGGCAGAGGUGUCUUGCCAAAGCGCAUGUAUGCGUGUGAGUGUGUCCUCAGCACGGCCAAGCAUGGCUGCCUUGCUCGGCAUUAGCAGGACAUCAUGUGAAUAGUUGUGACCUUCCAAAACUGGAACUCUACAUUUUGUAUCUUACUUUUAAAGCUCCUAUAAGUAAAAUAACUUGGCUUUAUUAAAAUAUACAUUUAAUAAUA